CAUCUGCAGCUUCUCUUCCUCCAGAGCCACUGAACCGUUACAGUCGAAAUGGCCGCCAGGAAGAGAUUCCUCCCCUCCGCCAACGGAGCGCAGGACGUCCCGCUGGCCGCCUGCAAGCAGCAGAUCAGGCGCAGCGGAGAGAGACACGUCGCUGCGUUGAUCCUGGCGAGAGGUAGAAGUAAAGGGAUCCACCUGAAAAACAUCAAGACGUUGGCCGGGGUCCCCCUCAUCAGCUGGGCGCUGAGAGCUGCUGGAGACUCCGCUAUGUUCCACAGGUACAUUAUCGUACCUGUGGUGCUGUUGAUGUCCAGUGAGGACCCCGUGACCCAGUUGGUUGACCAAUUGUCUGAGAGGACAGGCUGCAAAGUCAUCCAGGUGGGAGAGGAGCCGCUGAAUGAUUUGAAAGCGAUCGUGGAGCAGAGGAAGCUGGAGUGGAAGGACCUGGCAUACAUGGGUAACGACAGAGCAGAUGUCAACUGUCUAAACCUGGCGGGUUUGAGUGCAGUACCUGGAAAUGCCCCAACGGUGGCCAUUAAUGCUGCAAAGUACACCUGCCACGCAGUCGGGGGGAUGGAAGCUGUCCGGGAGUUUGCUGAACACAUUCUCCUUCAGAGAAAAAAAGCAAAGUCUCAGAUGAAGCAGGAUCGUAUCGACUGCAGCAGCGAAUGAGAAAUUCAAAAUGACUUCAUAUUGAAAGGUUUUAGACUCAUGCACAUAUACCAGAAGUAAUCAAGCAAUGCGUACAUGCAUGAUAAGUAUUAAGAUAUUAUACAAAAUGUAUUUCUAAUUUUAGAGAAGGAGUUACAGUUACAGAAUUCAUAAAAAACAUUUAAGUAAAAUCUCAAUAGAAGUAAUUAUCUGAAAAAUAAGGAAUUUAAGUAAUACUGUGAAUAUUGCACCGGACUAAAAAGUUAACCAACCUUGGUUUAUUGUCGCAGUCGGAGCUUGAGAUACCGAACUCGGAUGUAAACACCAGGAUCACCACAACACCAAAAUCUAAAACACUAGACUGAAAACUGAAUAAAACUAACACUUAACAUCAAUUGAGUUUAGGUUUGUUAGUUGUGAAAGUGUAAAACAGAAAGUAAAACUUUUAAAAACAUGGAUUUAUCUUAAACUUAAAUUCCUCACGGUACAACCCCUGUGGAUUAUUAGAGAUAAAGCUUUUAAGUAUUGUAAAAUACCUUGGUACUUUAUAUAUAAGGGGAAGAAUUUCAAGAACUAAAAUACUUCGUCCCGUUAAAAUUUGUAUUUAGUUCGGGAGAGCUGAGGGCUGUUAGCCAAGCUGCUGCUAGCAUUAACUCAGCAUGUUUCUUGUGGCUUAGUUUGCUUUUACGUUAGGCGGCUGUGGCUGAGGGGGUAGAGCAGGUUUCCCCCAACCAGAAGAUCAGGAGCUUGAUUCCCAGCUCAUGCUGAAGUGUCCUUGGGCAAGAUGCUGAACCCCCCCCAAAAACACUAGCCCCUCAUUGAUGUUGAAUGCACUAAUUGGAAGUCGCUUUGGAUGAAAGCAUUAGCUAAAUGACAUGUAAUGAAUAGAAGGUCUUUUUCAGGAGCUAAAUUAUACAGAGUAUUCUAAUAAAAACAAUGUUACAUAAAUGUGAAUUCAUUUGUUGCUCUGAGGCUUUUUGGCAGACACAGGAACGUCAGGACUCGUUGCGAGAAGGGUUGAUUGCACAACUUGUUUCUACGAUAACUCAAGACCCAAACGUUUAAUAAUAAAAAUCCUUCGCCCAGUUCAAGUUUGUCUUCAUAAGGUAACAAUGAGUCAGGGUAGCUGCAGGCUUUAGCUGAGCUUGUUUCUUGGAGCUUAGCUUACUUUUACGUUAGGAAUAGGAGAUAUUUUUGGCAGCCGAAUCAUCCAGGAGUAUUUAAAUAAAAAACAACGUUACAAAUGCGUUCCAAAUAUUCUCCAACGCUUUUAGGUGGACACAGAAUAUCAGUAUGGGCUUAUUUCUUCAAUAACGACGCUAAAGUGGCUCAGUCAACUUCUCAUGUUACCCUUUUGAUUUUGUUCCAACCAAACAAACAACAUGCAACUUGUUACUUAGCGUGCUUAAUGCUAUCACUCUUCUGUUACCAGGCUUUAAGCUAACUGGAGUUAGUUAGCUGUAGCUUGCCAUAUUUUACCAAACACAUACACAUAAGGAGUGUUCGCCUUUUCAUAGCAAAGAAGGUGUUUAAGUCAAAUGUCCAACAGGUAAGGAAGAUUUGUAGCUGCAGGAUGUUAAGAGAGAAAAAUCUGAUUUUGUUUCGGUGAACUUGUAGGAUGCACUACCAGCAUUUGCACUUUUAUCCAGUCAGUGAAAUAAUAACAUGUUUUUUAUUAUUUAUUAUAAAUAUAUGUACCUCUAUGUGCUGUUAAUGUUACUUUUCAAUUGAAUUUAAUCUGUUCCCAAGGUGCUUGGAUGAUUGUUGUGGUUUGCUUGUCAUGUGAUUCAUGUGAUUUUAUUUCACUCUUUUUCAUUUAAUGACGGAAUAAUUAAAGUGAUUUUCCUUUUUGUAAAUCAUUUUCAGUGAAGAUGAAUAAUGAAAAUGGAUUAAAAGUGUCUGCUGUCAGUUUUUAAUCCAGAGCAGAACUUGGGAGCAGUUUGACAUUUUGGUUGUCGGUGCAUCGUAGCUUUCUUUUCUGUUCGUCAGGACGAUAAAUAUGAAACUGGAGCCAAGAGACAUUAUGUCACCAAUUAUAAGAUAAAUCAUGGUCGCACCACAUGACAUUUUUUAAAUUGGCCUGUUGAAAAUCCUUAUACGUCAUUGACAUUAAUGUUGAUGUUAUAAUCUCUGUGUAUGUUUCUCUCUCUCUCCGUAUAUAUGUCA